UCCCAUAAGUCUUUUAAUAUUCGGAGACAAAAGGUGGAAAUGUCUUUAAAAAUUCUACUUUCCAAACACCUAAGAUUUCUCCUUUCCACUGGCAAAUAGGUAUUACCUAGAAUUAAGGCAAUACAUAAAUGAAUAAAAUAGAUGAUAACUUUUUCAUUGUUUCAUUUGGAGAAAUACUUUAGAAGGUCCACAAACAGGUGCCUGAGCCUACCAAAGAGGGACAUUAGCAUUUUAUUUCCAGCAUGUCCUGAUAACUUACUGAUACUAGACAUUUUUGCAAGGAGCAGCCAGCCUUUAGGCUCCCGAAUCUAAGAAGGAUGAUAGUGAAUUAUUAUUCAUAUUGAGUUUUCUCCAUUGGUUAUGGCUUUAUCAAUCCAGAUGAUCAAUCAACUUUCAGAUUUUAGUUCUGAACCUGGAGCUUUCUGUUUGGUGUUCAAAAUAAUGGAUGUCAAAGUAAUAGCUCAUCUCCUACCGACAGACUGGACCUCCCCGAUCAGCACAUCUCUGUUCAGCAAGCAUGUUUGUCGGCCUUGUAUCCCUCUUCUGGCCCCAGGAUCCAGGAAAACAUGAGUCUCAGCUUUUUUCUACUUCUGUACAGCACAGGGUGGCCUUCAGGUGGUGCCUUCACAGCAAAUACUCCCCUGUCCCUUCGUCUGUCAAUUUAGGACAAUAAAAAUAAUCUGCCUCACAGAGUCAUGCUUUACUUUCUCCAGUUAAAACUCUAUGAAGGCAAAUAUGAGUAUCCAAACUGCAGAAACAGAAUCUGUUGUCCUUUUGUGAAAUUUCGAGAUGAAUAAUGAAACCUGCUACCCUAUUGCACAAUUUGGGACAAGAAAUAUAAGCUAUAGGUUGAAGAUAAGACAUUUCCCCCUAGUAGAACAGGUCACAGUUGAUUAGUUAUCUCCAGAUGCAAUGAAGAAAGCAAAAAUUGUUCAAACUAUACAUUCCUUCCUUAAAGUGAGCAACUUACAAUCACUUUGGAACACAAACGUCAUGCCAGGUACACUGCAGCUUUCCACAUAGCGUCUUAUUUAAUCUUCACAGCAUCCUGUGUUAUCAGAUUUUUGAGGAAGGUGAAGAAACUGAGGCUCAGUAGGUCUAAGUAAUUUGCUCAAGGUUGCAGCUAAGUAACAGAGCCAGAGUUUGAACCCAGUUGUCUUCGAAGCCCAGAUGGUAACAAUUCGACCAGGCAACAUAGCCAAGUCAGAUAGUCCACCAUCUAAAGACCUGGAGGGAUACAUAAAUUACUAGUCAAACAAGUAAGUGCUGUUUUCUACUAGAAGAACUCUGGGGAAACAGUAAGUUCCUUCUGAUCUAAUCCACAAGCCAAGUGUGUGAUGGGUCACGUGUCCCUGAAGCCUCCAGAUUAGGAAAUGCAUGAUUUCAUGCAGUCCACAAAAUAAAGAAGGAUAGUGGUAGGGGGCUGGGAAAGCGGGGGUGCUUGGGUCUCCUUAGACCAGCCAGGGCUGUUUCAAGGUCCAUACAGUUGAGGGUCAGGAAGACACAGUCCGACAUGACUGAAGAGUGCUGACACGCCUUUAACAGUUUAGCAAGCUGUAUUUUUAAAAAAUGGACCUUAAUGGGAAGACACACUGGGAUAGCAUCCUGGAGGGAUUUUUUUUUUUUUUUAAGUUCUAAUCAACUAGAAAAUGUGACGUGGGUGCGUACUGUGAUUAUUUAACAUUCAUUAUUCACUGUAUGUUAGGUGCUUGGUUGAUGUGAAUCCCCAGGGCCUAGCUGCUGUUCUGUGUCACUCCUGAUAAUUUUUAAAUUGACUAUGUUCUUUUAACCAUGUUUUAAAAAGUUGAACUACCCCAAUGUGAACACUUUCCAUUUUUGCUAUAUAAUGAGAGUAUUUUCAUUCCUUUAAUGCUUGCUUUUCCCUUUGAUCUAACAAUUUCUCUUCAAAUUUCACAGUUUUCUGUUGCUUUAGGAUUGAAAGAACAGAUUAGCCCGCUGGGAGCGUGAAACAGAUUUAAAAAAAAUCUGCAUGAUAUUUCCUCCCAGUGAAAUUAAUUUAGGUUUAAAUACAGGGGGAAGGGGCACACCUUGUCCUCGAGUCUCUUUCUGUCACACACCUGAGCAUUUCCUAUCCUGAAAGGGCACAGUCGGACUUGCUGCUAAGUCAAGUCUUUUGUGAGAAUCUUUUUUGCAAGGCACAGUAGGAGAACCUUUUUCUCUUUGACACCCGGCUUUGUGUGGGCCUGAUGACACGUUUGGACGGCUCUAUUUCUUUGAAGGCCAACCUCAGAGGCCCAUGGACGCGUCGGGCGCUGUCCGUGGCUGGGUUACUUAAGUGUAGCUGGGUUGGCUUCCCGGGUGUUUUAGGAAACGCACCUUCUUGCAGGGCAGGGGCCGUCAGUUCCAGAGCAACAAAGGAUAAUUUGGAGGGGAGUGGAAGGAGCGCUCCACAGUGGCUCUGUCAUCCCAGGUUCCCUUCUGCCUAGCACCGUGGCCCUAGUGAUCCCGCCUUCGCCCUCUGGAUCCCCCACCCCCACUGUCUCGCUGCUCCAGAGCCCAGCGGGGCGCGGCGAGCCCCACCACCUUCCCCCACACCCUCCCUCCCCAUCCCCUUCAAACCCUACGAGCAGCGCUGCGCGCCGCAGCCGCGCUCGCCCCGCGCCCCGCGCCGGCCUCCCCAGCACCCCGGGGACCCGGUCCCCGGUCUCGCCUCCCCGUGUCCAGCAGUUCACAGCCUCCCCCUCCAGCCCCACUGGCGGGAGCUGUCAAGCCCGCGGUAGCCGAACCAGCCCCCGUGCGCCCGCGUCUCCUCUCCUUCCUUUGUGUGUGCGCGAGCGGAGUUGGGGCGGAGGGAGAGGGGGAGGUCGCUCUGUCUGUCCGUCUCCCGCCGCCUCUGCCCGGGCUACUCGAAGUGCGGCCGGAGAGGCGGGAGCCCAGGAGAGGGUGCGGGAGCUGGCGGGGCGGCUCGGGGCCGCCGGGACGCCCUGGUCCUAGUCGCGCACAGGGUAGCGCGGCCGGCAGAGGGGCUCGGCGGGAGCCGAGAUCCGCCCGUCCCGGCCGCCCCUCGGCCUCCCUCUGUUCCCACCUACCCCCUGACACCCGGAGAAAAGCGUGCAAACGCGCGGAGCGGGACGGAAACCACAAAUAAAUAGCGGCGGCGGCAGCGCGUCAUCUGGUGGAGCAGGAAGUGCAGGCAGAGUCCGGAGGCUGGUGCUUUCUGCGCGUCCCCAGGACUUUGCCAUGGGCUGGGGGCCGCGGAGGCUGCGAGCGGCCGGGCGAGGGCAGCGGCUGCGGCGCCCGCACCGGGGCUGAGCGAGCAGCGACGCGAGGGGCGCGCGGAGAUGGCAGCGUCCAGCAACUCCAGCCUGUCCGGCUCUUCGGUGUCCUCCGUCUAUUCUGAACCCAGAAGCCAGAGGGAGCUUCCAAAAUAUGCUGAAGAAUACCAGCCUCCAAUAUGGAAAUCAUACCUAUAUCAGUUACAGCAAGAGGCACCUCGUCCCAAGAGAAUCAUUUGUCCUCGGGAGGUGGAAAACAGACCAAAAUAUUAUGGGAGAGAGUUUCAUGGGAUCAUCUCUCGGGAGCAGGCGGAUGAGCUGCUCGGAGGUGUGGAGGGUGCCUACAUCCUUAGAGAAAGCCAGCGGCAACCAGGAUGCUACACGCUGGCUCUCAGGUUUGGAAACCAGACCUUAAACUACAGGCUCUUCCACGACGGGAAACACUUUGUGGGCGAGAAGAGGUUUGAGUCGAUUCACGAUCUGGUGACAGAUGGCUUGAUAACACUGUACAUAGAAACAAAAGCUGCCGAGUACAUUUCAAAAAUGACAACUAACCCCAUCUACGAACACAUUGGAUAUGCCACCCUACUCAGAGAAAAAGUAUCCAGAAAGCUGAGCAAGUCUAAAAACGAACCAAGAAAAACAAACGUCACACACGAAGAACACACGGCGGUGGACAAGAUCUCCUCCCUGGUUCGAAGGGCAGCCCUCACACACAACGACAACCACUUCAACUAUGAGAAGACACACAACUUUAAGGUCCACACGUUCCGAGGCCCACAUUGGUGUGAAUAUUGUGCCAAUUUCAUGUGGGGGCUCAUCGCCCAAGGGGUCCGGUGCUCAGACUGUGGAUUGAACGUACACAAACAGUGUUCCAAGCACGUUCCCAAUGACUGCCAACCUGAUCUCAAGAGGAUCAAGAAAGUAUACUGUUGUGACCUCACAACACUUGUGAAGGCUCACAACACUCAGAGACCCAUGGUGGUGGACAUUUGCAUUCGGGAAAUUGAAGCAAGAGGAUUAAAAUCGGAAGGCCUUUACAGAGUCUCUGGGUUCACUGAACACAUUGAAGAUGUCAAAAUGGCAUUUGACAGAGAUGGUGAAAAGGCCGAUAUAUCUGCCAAUGUCUAUCCAGACAUAAACAUCAUCACUGGAGCCCUUAAACUGUAUUUCAGAGACUUACCCAUCCCUGUCAUCACAUAUGAUACCUACUCCAAAUUUAUAGAUGCAGCAAAAAUCUCCAAUGCAGAUGAGAGGCUGGAAGCCGUCCAUGAAGUGCUGAUGCUGCUGCCUCCUGCCCACUAUGAAACCCUCCGGUACCUAAUGAUCCACCUCAAAAAGGUUACUAUGAAUGAAAAAGACAAUUUCAUGAAUGCAGAAAAUCUGGGGAUCGUGUUUGGGCCCACUCUGAUGAGGCCCCCUGAGGACAGCACCCUUACCACCCUGCAUGAUAUGCGGUACCAAAAGCUGAUUGUGCAGAUUUUAAUAGAAAACGAAGACGUUUUAUUCUAAUCCAUCAGGGAAAUGAGUUGAAUGGCCUCAGCCCCAUCCAAGUUGACAAAGCUAAAGGAACAAAAACUUUUCUUACCACUUGAUUUGUUUUCCAAACAAGUGCUAGAAUUUGCUGGACCGCAGAGGAUCGCUGAGUGGGGUACUGUGUCUCAUAGACAUGCGCCACCUCCACGUGAGAACAAGGGUGAAGGUGAGGGAAGCCCCAUCGCCUUGGGUCUUUUGCUGUGCCUCCUAUGUAUGUCUGGUUUGCUGGAAGAGUGAUUAAUACAUCUUUAAUUUAUUAAAAACAAUGUAGACCUUUAAAUUUCAGUCUUAUUGGUAAUAAAAGGGAACUUAAUUCAUAAAGGUACUUGAUAACAGUUAUACAUUUUCCACUUACAAAAAGAAGACAAUUCUGUUCAAUGUUAAAUGAAACCUAUAUCAUAAAACAUAUUUUUAUUUUAGCCACAAGAAUGUUAUUUUUAGCAAAUAGAACUCAAUGCAGUGCAUUGGUUAUUAUCCUGUGUACCUUGUCCCUCAUUUUGCUGUGACACCCUGAAAAAGCUGACCACAAAUGCAGUAUUAUCUCGACAUACCUCUGUCCUCCUCAGUGCUUUUCAAUGAAAUUUCACCUGCCCCUUGUGUUCCUGCUUUUGACAGUUUUUGCUCUUAAGCACUGGCAUUCUUCUAUUGUAUGGUAUAUAUUUAUAGCAAUUGUAGGAUGGUCUGAAAUGUCCACCAAUUUUCUUUUCAUACAAAUUUUGUGAAUUCCCAAAGUAUGCUUUGGAAUUGGUCAUAGUCUUUUCGUAUCAUGAGUGUGUAUCCCAGAAGAUACAGAAUGCGGUCAUUUUACCUGAAAUUAUUUGAGAACACUGGAUGUAUCUGGUCUGUGUAAAAAGUUAGCACUUUCCCUCUUUUCUUCCCGGCCAAGCCCUCUGAAUUCAUCUGUUAAUAUCAAAUUGUAUUUUUGCCACUUUUCUGUAUUGGUGAAAAGCGAAUCUGCAGAAUUGUCGAGGUUUUUCUUUUUUGUUCUAGAAACCUAUUUUUUAAAGUGAGAAUAAGGUUGGUUUUUACCAAAUAUUUGUUCCUCCUUGACAAAAGUAGCUCUGUGUGGAUAAUUCAAUAUGAUUUUAUUACUAUAGUUCCAUUCUCUUGGUUAUAUUUAUCUUAGCAUGAGCCUUUCACACCAAGAUUUCUAUAUUUUGUAACAUAGGUGAAAUAUUUAAAACAUCAAAAACUGUAAAUCUAGAUUUUUAAAAAAUGCAACCACAAUGUCUUUUCCUUUGAUUGAGAUGAUUUGUGUAAACUCACCAAUCUUGCUUUGGAGUGAGCAGAAGAGAAUGACUGUGUUACGUGGAGCAUCACCGUGUGACUGUUGACCUGAACAGUCCCAAGGGCUAUGCAGAUGGACUCCAUUGGCACACGGAGGUCAGAAUGGUUUGACCUCUUCCCUGCUAUUAUCCCUCCUCCCAACUGUACAGCUUUGUUUGUUGUAGUUUAUGUACUUCUUGAUACUGUCAAAAAAUUAUCUGGAAAUGGUUUUAUUUUGUGAAGUGAACAAUACUUUGUAAUUUAUGAUAGUGUAAAUGGAAGGCAAAGCAUCACAUGUAUUAAAUUCUUCUGUCUAUUA